AUGGCUGACGCGAAUGCCAAAGAGUGGACGCCAGUAUGCGUGGCAUCAACAAGACGAGAAAGUGAGAGAGAGUUAUCAGAUCCGUCACAACUCUCUUCAAAUUCAUCAUCAACAGUCCAAAUCGAGCCAGUGGCGACCUCUGGUGGUGUAUUCAUCGAUCAAGAUACCGAAUUCGGCUAUUUCAAGAGUGCAGAAUGGACGCCAGACGGAACUACUCUGCUGACAGAUUCAGCGAAUCAUUCUAUCAGAACAUGGAUCUUGCCGCCGGAUCUACUGGAGGACAAGCCCAUGCACCAGUUAUCCCCAUACUCAACUCUACUCUCAGCGGAACCGACUUAUGCUACCGCAAUCUAUCCCUUCUACAACCUUCAAGAUCCAUCCACUACUCUAUUCCUCUCAUCUGUUCGUGAUCAUCCAAUUCGGCUAUCAUCAGCCCUAGCUCCCAUAUCAGUGGCGAGCUACUAUCUGGUAAAUCCAAUGACAGAAGCAUUCAUAACUCCGCACUCAAUGAUCUACCCAUCCCUGCUGGGUGGGACCCACUUCCUCACAGGCUCAGAUAGUCUCGUUUGUCUCUUUGACGUGUCCCGAACGGGAGCACAUGGCCCUGUGACCUCAAUGCCAACCAUCCCCAGCAAACGAAAGCAGAUUGUCGGUGGCGGUAUUGGCAUGAAGGGCAUUGUUUCCGCCCUGGCUCUAAACCCCAGUGGGGACGGUAUCCUUGCUGCGGGUACUUUCACCAGACACGUUGGAUUGUACAGCUCAAGUGGCUCGGGUGAGCUCCUUGGGACUUUCAGCGUGGCAAAAACCAACGCAAACCGUGAUAUUGGGGGUCGUGGAGUUACACAGCUUGUAUGGAGUCCCUGUGGCAGAUAUCUGUAUGUCGCCGAGCGUAAGAGUGAUGGCAUUCUGGUUUAUGAUGUUCGAGUUACGGGGCAACUGCUUGGACACUUGCGCGGGCGCAAGGCUCUUACAAAUCAACGCAUGAAAAUUGAUGUUGUUCCAUCUGGUCCUGAUGGCUCUCAUGAGAUUUGGGCUGGUGGUACCGAUGGGUUUAUAAGGGUUUGGAGGAGUCCAGAGCACUGUGCAGGUGGGAAGGAUCCCGAUUGGGAGUUCAAGGUGCAUGAUGAUGCCGUGACGAGUACAAUGUUUCACCCUAUGGGAAGUGUUGUUGCAACCUGCUCUGGGCAGCAACGUCUUGUUUCAGAUGAUUCCUCUGGCGAAUAUAUUCCAGCGGAGAAUCCCGAUAACAGCCUCAAGGUCUGGUCAAUGCCAUUUCUGUUGUCAGAACCCGACACAAACCAUGACUUAGACCCCGCGGUUUGA